CCAGCCUAUAAAUACAACCGCAAUGCCCUCACCACAUCACCAAUCCACAAGCAAUUCCACCAUGGACAUGAUAGGAACCUCUUCCCGAAGAAGGGCUUUGGAGACGCGGACCACCCGCUCUCCGUCGACCCCUAUGCGCUCGCAUUCCAGGACUAUAAACGGUCUUGGUUUGUAUAAAAGAACCUCCGCCGUGCCGAUAUCCAGAUCUUACAACCCCGCGGUGCUCGCGUCUCCGGAUGGGUUCGAGCUGAGCGCGGCACUUAGCGGAGACCCCGCACGCAGUAACGAGAAGGAGCAACUUCAAGGGCUCAACGACCGCUUCGCCAGUUACAUCGACAAGGUGCGUUUCCUAGAGGAGCAAAACAAACAACUAGAAGCUGAAAUCCAGGCGCUAAAGCAGCAGAAAUUGUCGCAGUCCCUGCACAGCGAUGCGUACGACAGAGAGCUCCAAGACCUGCGUUGCGCACUGGAGCAACUGCACAAGGAAAGGGCACAGGUCCUGCUGGAUACGGAGCACACCGACGAGGAUCUCCAGCGGCUGAGGGAGCGAUAUGAGGAUGAAGCCCGAGUCAGGGAGAACGUGGAGGCUGCCAUUCAAAGCAUGAAGAAAGACAAGGACGACUCGAUUCUCAUAAAGUUGGAGAUGGAAAGGAAAGUCCAGGCCCUUGUGGAUGAAAUUGACUUCUUGCGCCAAAACCACGAGGAGGAGAUCAGCGAGCUCCUGGCUCAGCUUCAAGCCGCACAGGUGCCGGUGGUGGAGAUGAGGGACCUCCAGAAGACCGACAUCACCUCUGCGCUCCGGGAGAUCCGUGCGCAGUUGGACGGGCUUUCAUCCAAGAACCUCCAGCAGGCUGAGGAGGUGUUUCAGUGCCGCUAUUCUAUGCUGUCCGACGCUGCGGAGCAGAACAAGGAUGCUAUCAAGUCUGUACGGGACGGAAUUGCAGAUUACCGCCGUCAGAUCCAAGCCAAGAACAAUGAGCUGGAGGCUCUGCGAGGUACCAAAGAGUCACUGGAGAGGCAACUGCAUGAUAUUGAAGACCGCCACAACAACGAUAUGGGCAGUUAUCAGGAAAUGAUCCACCAAUUGGAAAACGACUUGAAAGGAGCAAAAUGGGAAAUGGCUCGUCAUAUCAGAGAAUAUCAAGAUCUGCUCAACGUUAAGAUGGCGCUGGAUGCUGAAAUAGCAGCUUACAGAAAACUUCUGGAGGGUGAGGAGACGCGCUUCCAAACCAGUAUUUUGAGUCCUGGUUUAGCAUACAGUCAGACCAAAACAUCUAAGGUCAAACAUAAAAUCGUGGAGGAGAUCAUCGAGGAGACCAAAGGAGAGAUUGACAUUGACGAUGACCUGGCAGAGGUGGCAAAAGAUCUGGCAGAAGAAGCUGGAGAGGAAGAAGAGGAAAUUGUAGCUUCUGAACAAGCCAAAGUGAGUUCUGCUGCUCCUGGAGAUGAGGAAGAGGCAGAGGAAGAAGAGGAAAUUGUAGCUGCUGAACAAGCCGAAGUGACUUCUGCUGCCCCUGGAGAUGAGGAAGAGGCAGAGGAAGAAGAGGAAAUUGUAGCUGCUGAACAAGCCGAAGUGAGUUCUGCUGCCCCUGGAGGUGAGGAAGAGGCAGAGGAAGGAGGAGACGAGGAAGAAACAGCAGAAGAGGGAGAGGCCGCUGAGGAGGAAGAGGAAGAAGACGGAGAGGAAGCAGAGGAAGAGGAAGGAGAGGAACCGAAAGUGGAAGUAAUUGAGGAGACGGAACUAUGCGCUGACAAAACUCCAACAUCAGAUAAGGAAGAGAAAGAAGGUGAAGAAGGAGAAGAAGAAAAAGACGCUGAAGAAGUCAAAGAGGUAGAGAGUGAAGAACAAGCCAAGGAUGAGGAUGAGAAGAAAGAGGCUGAUGAAAAAGACGAUGAUGAUGAUGCCAAAGAGGAGACAGAGUCUAAAGGAGAUGAAGAGAAGAAAGAUGAUUCUGCAGAAGAGGAAACAAAGUCUGAUUCAGAAAAGAAAAGUGAUACAGAGGAAGAGGAGAAGAAAAAAGGUGAGUCCUCACCCGUAACCGAAGAAAAAGAAGAUGAAACGCAGGAUAAAGAAGAGGACGUUCCCACUGCUGACCAAACCAGCCCGGCCAAAGAGGAACCCAGUCCCAAAGAAGAGGUCCUGACCAGAACCGUGGAGACCAUCACCAAUGGAGACAAUGCAGCAACCAAACCAGCCCCAGAGAAAGAAGUAGAAAAGGCAGAAGAAAAACCACAAGAAAAAAAGAAAGUCGCCAAAAAAGUGGAGAAAGUAGCUCCGCAAGCAAAGAAGGAAAUCAAAGAUAAAGACUGAUGCCUGGGUGAAACCUCCACAGGAAUUUAGUUCUUACAAAUUGUUCAAAUACAUUUUAUUCAAUGCAAAAUGUGAAAAUCAAACACAAAAAUAACUGCAUGUGUGUUGACUGAUGCAUGUGUGAACGGAAGGAUAUAGCCAUGCGAAACAGAGAUUAUAGCGUGUUUGAAUUAAAGUGCAAGUACAUUAUGCUGCUAAUGACUCUGUUGUAAGAUUUUCCAGCGAUAUGAGCUGCUCUGCAGUAAUGGUGCUACCACAACAUUUGCAAUUUAAGCAGAAACUCUUUCAAACUACACGAUGGCUUUCUAGCAUACUUCAUGCCUUAAGACAGAAUGCACUGAAUCAAUGCUAAGUGUCGGUCUGUUCCACACAAAACAACAAAAGAACAACCGAUAACAAUAAUACUGUGAAAUGUAAAGGUGCUGCUGGUUCGAUCUGUAAUAUUAUCACACCAAUCAAUAAAAAGCUUGUUAAGUCACUACAAA